AUGAUCUCAGGGAAAUCUCGGCGAUCCGUGGACUCUUCGUGGGAUCAGACGCCUGAAUCCUCCCCCCAGACCUCGUCCGACUCCGACUCGGACCGCGACGACUGCGGCAGCAGCAUCAUGGACGCCGGCCCGCCCUCGCGCCCGCUCAGCAUCGCCGUGCCCGGCAGCCAGCCGCCGCGCCCGACGCUCGACGACGUGCUGGCCGACCGCUCCGCACCGCCCUACACGCUCAGCGCCUUCACCGCAUAUCUCUCGCAGAACCACUGCCUGGAGACGCUCGAGUUCACCAAGGACGCCGAGCGCUACCGCGCCUACUACCUCCGGCCCGAACGCGCUGACUCGUCCGAUGCGCAGCACCUCCAGCGCCUGCGGGUGUACUGGCACCGCAUCAUCAACGCGUACAUCGUACCCGGUGCCCCGCGCGAGAUCAACCUGCCCAGCACCGUCCGCGACGGCCUAUUGAGCCAUUCGUCCGCCGCAAAGCCCCCGCCGCACCCAGACGUACUGCAGCCCGCUGUGCGCCGCAUCCGCGACCUGAUGGAUGAGUCGAUCUUCCUUCCUUUCCUCAACCGCUACUCCGCCUCGCAACCGCCCACCGCCCGCACCUCCGUCCACUACUCCGCGCCCAAUUUCGCCCUCGAGAGCAGCAGCAGCAGCACCAGCGGCGGCGGCGGUCGCGGCGGCGCCCGCGUCGCCCGCCACACCUCCGUGCGCCGCCACGUCUCCCCCGAAACCGCCUUCGCCGUGCCGCGCUCCUCGGGCUGUCCACCGCCGCCGCAUCCCACGUCGCACGCUGCGGCCGCGGCGGCCGCCUAUCGUACCAUCGCCCCGGGCUACGCCAGCGGGGACUCCGGCAGCCUGACGGAUGACUCGUCCAGUUUACCCUCGAGCCCCGGCGCCGGCGAGCCCAUGACGCCGCCCACCACACCGCCCGGCAGCGAGGUCAACAGCCCGCGCGCGCGCACCGACAAGGGCUGGAAGAAGAUGGGCAUGCGGCUGGGCUGGAAGAAAUGA